GAUAGUAGAUGCGCCCACAACAUUUGGUCUUGCAUUUCUAUUGCUUGCACGCGUCACGUCGUCAACCUUGGGCUUGCUUGCAACCUCGACAUCGGCCGUGUUUCGGUGACAAGCUGGUUCUUUUUAUUAGGUGCAAAUGCACCAGCCACUGCAGCUAGCGGGAGAGCAGAGAGGCAAGGAAGCGGCGGACGCAGAAAUGGCGGGGCUUCACUUCUUGCUCGUGCCGCUGGUCGCGCAGGGCCACAUCAUCCCCAUGGUGGACCUGGCGCGCCUCAUCUCCGGCCGCGGCGCGCGCGUCACCGUGGUCACCACGCCCGUCAACGCCGCGCGUAACCGGGCCACCAUCGAGGGCGCCAGGAACGCGGGGCUCGAUGUCGAGCUCGCCGAGAUCCCGUUCCCCGGCCCGGAGUUCGGACUGCCGGAAGGGAUGGAAAACAUAGACCUGCUGGUGGACAAGAACCUCUACUUGCUCUUCUUCCAGGCCAUUUGGAAGAUGGAGGUGCCGCUGGAGGAGUACGUGCGGUCGCUGCCCCGGCGGCCCGACUGCCUCAUCGCCGACUCGUGCAACCCGUGGACGGCGGGUGUGUGCAACCGCCACGGUAUCCCGCGCCUGGUGCUGCACUGCCCGUCCGCAUACUUCCUCCUCGCCGUGCACAACCUGACCAAGCACGGCGUGUACGACCGCGUCUCGGACGAGAUGGAGACGUUCGAGGUGCCGGACUUUCCGGUACGCGCCGUCGGGAACAAUGCUACGUUCCGCGGCUUCUUCCAGUGGCCCCAAGUGGAGAAGGAGCAGCGCGACGUGCUCGAGGCUGAGGCCACCGCCGACGGCCUGCUGAUCAACACGUUCCGCGACAUCGAGGGCGUCUUUGUCGAUUGCUACGCUGCGGCGGUCGGCCGGAAGACGUGGUCCAUCGGGCCGACUUGCGCCUCCAGAAUGGACGCCGAUGCCAAGGCCGGCCGGGGCAACCGCGCGGACGUUGAUGCCGACCUCAUCGUUUCGUGGCUCGACGCCUGGCCGCCGGCGUCCGUGAUGUACAUCAGCUUCGGCAGCAUAGCGCACCUGCCGGUGAAGCAACUCAUUGAGCUUGCACGCGGCCUCGAGGCGUCGAAGCGGCCGUUCGUCUGGGCCAUCAAGGAGGCCAAGUCCAACACCGACGUGCAGGAAUGGCUCGCCGAGGGGUUCGAGGAGCGCGUCAAGGACAGGGGCCUCCUCGUCCGCGGGUGGGCGCCGCAGGUGACAAUCCUCUCCCACCCUGCGGUGGGCGGGUUCUUGACGCACUGCGGGUGGAACGCGACGCUGGAGGCCAUUACCCACGGCGUGCCGCCGCUGACAUGGCCAUACUUCGCCGACCAGUUCUGCAGCGAGCGGUUGCUCGUCGAGGUCCUCGGCCUCGGCGUCAGGUCCGGCGUCAAGGUGCCCGUCAUGAACGUCCCCGAGGAGGCCGAGGGGGUGCAGGUGACGAGCGCCGACGUUGAGAAGGCGGUGUCCGAACUGAUGGACGACGGCCCCGAAGGGACGGCGAGGAGGACGAGGGCCAAGGAGCACGCCGCGAAGGCGAUGGCGGCCAUGGAGGAAGGCGGGUCGUCGCACGCCGACUUGACGGACAUGAUCCGCCACGUCGCGGAGCUCAGCAGGAGGAAGAGCCUCGAGAGCGAGAGGAACACGAGCGCGACGGCUCUGGCUUCUGUGCCAGAGCUUGGACGCAAGAGCAGCGAGAAGAUAGAAGCCGAGGCUGCCCUGUCAGUACAGUCUUAAGCUGUAUUGCACGCGAUGAUUUGCAACAAGUAUAGGAAUCUAUUACAUGUAUUCAUAUGGGUUACACGUAUGUACAUGUAUAUGUCUACAGAUAUAUACAUGUAUGUGUAUAUGUAUACAUAUAUAUAUAUAUAUACGUACAAAUAUACAUAAUAUAUGUAUGUACAUAA